UUCUCGCUUUACCCCACCCGUGAACGUCACUACGCCUUCCAUGGCGACUCAAUUCGGGCUGGCGCGCCUCCGAGUGGGAGCCUAAUUUAGUGCGCCCACCGACGAACCCCGUGACAGCGGAUCAAACGCCCUUGUCACUCGUCUUCAUGUCCACCCGAUUCCCCACCGUCACGCGUGGGGAAAUGGAUCCCAUUCUGUGAGCGGGAGUGACAGCCAUCAGCAUCAUCAUCACCACCACCGACUCUGAAUUGCGGGAUCCGGUGCCAAUGUGACCAGCGUCGGAACGAUGAGGGCGGCUGUGGAGAGGCGAGCGUGGGCCUCUGGCGGAGCUUUCAAGGACGAGGAAGAAGAGCAAAAACAUCUUUGAGGACAAACGUCACACGCUGCAAAGACUGGAAAGGGAGAUUUAGUGUGCCCCCCAAGGGCACUCAGCCUUCACAAUGACUUUCUAAAUAUUUAUACUAUUUUAUGUAUUAUAUUCAUCAUUAUCUCUCAAAGGGAAAUUCAAAUCACGUGUUGUACACCACAAGAAGAGAACCACAUCACACAUGCAAGCAUGCAAGGAGAGAUGUCGGAGUGAAAGGGGUGCACAAACGGUGCUUCACUUCUUCAGUCUGGGGGGGGGGACAGUGCCGUGCUCAAGGGCAUUUCAACAGAAGUCAGGAAGCUGACUAGCAUCUCUCCAACAACUAGUUGCUAUUUUACAUUUGUCCUCAACGGAACUCAAACCGUGACCCUCUGGUUCCUAAGUCCAAGUCCUUAUAGAUGAGCUCCUGCCGCCCCCAAUAUUGUCAUUUAUACAUAUAGUUUGAAAAGGUAUUGAUCCUCCUCACUGAUGGAUGGGGUGGUGGGAGGUGUGGGGACGCCCAGUAGUGCAGGAGGGUCCGGAGGUGACAGUCUCCCCCGACGUAAUGGAGGGGAGUCAAAGAGGCGCAGUAAGGGCAGCAUCCCCUCGCCAGGCUACAGGCUGUCCCAGGCGUCCCUGGAGGGGGAGAAGGCUUCUUUUGGGGGGGACGCGGCCCCCUCGGGGGGACGCGGCCGGCGCCUCUCCAUCGUCAGCUCCGGCCUCCCUUUCCGCACGGCUGGCACGCCGACCACUCCGGUGCCCCUCGUUCACCCUGCGCCCCGCUCGGUGGGUUUCGCCACCUCCCGCGCCGCCAUCGCCUCCACCUCCUCGUCCACGGGCACAGGGGUUAUGGUGGUGGCCACCGGCCCGGAGACCACCACCACCACCGCGUGCAACUCUACGGCGGCGGGGACACCCGAGACGUUAGGACCGUCAGCACUAAUGGGCGGGUUUGGCAUGGGGCUGGACGGGGAGGACUACAGCCAGUCCAACCAGAGCACCUUCAUCCAGAGGCAGUUCGGAGCCAUGCUGCAGCCCGGGGUCAACAAAUUUAGCCUGCGCAUGUUCGGAUCCCACAAGGCUGUGGCUCUGGAACAGGAACGACUCAAGUCAGCCGGCUCGUGGAUCAUACACCCCUACAGCGACUUCAGGUUCUACUGGGAUCUGCUAAUGCUGGUUCUGAUGAUGGGCAACCUGAUCGUACUGCCGGUGGGCAUCACAUUCUUUCGAGAUGAGAACACAGCAUCGUGGAUCAUCUUUAACGUGGUGUCUGACACGCUCUUCAUGGUCGACCUGGUCCUCAACUUCCGCACGGGGAUCGUCAAGGACGAUAGCACUGAAAUACUGCUGGACCCCCGGGCCAUCCGCCAGAAGUACCUGAAGACCUGGUUCCUGGUGGACUUUGUGUCCUCCAUCCCCGUGGACUACAUCUUCCUGAUGGUGGACAGUCUGGACUCUGAGGUGUACCGGACAGCCCGGGCCCUGCGCAUCGUCCGCUUCACCAAAAUCCUCAGCCUGCUGCGGCUGCUGCGCCUCUCUAGACUCAUACGCUACAUCCACCAGUGGGAGGAGAUCUUCCACAUGACGUACGACCUGGCCAGCGCCAUGGUGAGGAUCGUCAAUCUGAUCGGGAUGAUGUUGCUUCUGUGCCACUGGGACGGCUGCCUGCAGUUCCUAGUGCCCAUGCUGCAGGACUUCCCGCCAGACUGCUGGGUCUCCAAGAACCUGAUGGUGAAUGACACGUGGGGCGUGCAGUACUCGUACGCCCUCUUCAAAGCCAUGAGCCACAUGUUGUGCAUAGGUUACGGCGCCCAGGCCCCAGAGGGAAUGACUGAUGUGUGGCUCACCAUGCUUAGUAUGAUUGUAGGCGCCACCUGCUACGCCAUGUUCAUCGGCCAUGCCACCGCACUUAUUCAAUCGCUGGACUCAUCGCGGCGCCAGUACCAGGAAAAGUACAAGCAGGUGGAACAGUACAUGUCCUUCCACAAGCUUCCUGCAGACGUGCGUCAAAAGAUCCACGAGUACUACGAGCACCGCUUCCAAGGGAAGAUGUUUGACGAGGAGAAUAUUCUGGGAGAACUCAGCGAGCCGCUUAAAGAGGAGAUUGUGAGCUUUAACUGCCGCAGCCUGGUGGCCAACAUGCCGCUGUUCGCCAACGCCGACCCCAACUUUGUGACCGCCAUGCUGACCAAACUUCGCUUCGAGGUCUUUCAGCCAGCUGACUUCAUCAUCCGAGAGGGAACCGUGGGGAGGAAGAUGUACUUCAUCCAGCAUGGACGCGUCAGCGUGCUCGCCCGAGGCAACAAGGAGACAAAACUAAGCGACGGCUCUUAUUUUGGAGAAAUCUGUUUGUUGACUCGAGGGCGGAGGACGGCCAGCGUGCGUGCAGAUACAUAUUGUCGUUUGUACUCUCUCAGUGUGGACAGCUUUAAUGAGGUGCUUGAGGAGCACCCGAUGAUGCGGCGGGCUUUCGAGACCGUCGCCGUCGACCGAUUGGACCGUAUAGGCAGGAAGAACUCUGUGCUGCUGAGGAAGUCAUCUCAAGGCGGUUCACUCGGAGGCAGUUUGGGCCGUGGCGGGGGUCGGGGUGGAGGAGGUCCGGGAGCAGGCGGUGGCCUGGCAGCGGGUAGUCUGGGCUCCUGUGACAGCAUACUGGUGCAGCAGAUUGUCAAGCACGACAGCAUGCCAGCCAUGCAGGAUGCCAUCGCAGCAGCUGCAGCAGGAAGAAGCGGCGUCAUGGGAGGGAGUGGCGCAAUGUCCCCCAGGCCUUGCCCCGUCAUCUGGGCGCCACUGGUGCACGCCCCCCUGCAGACGGCCGCUGCCACCAGUAAUGUGGCCAUCGCCCUCAUGCACCACCAGCAGCAGCAGCAGCAGCAACAGCUCCAGCAGUUGCAGCAGCAGCAUGCACAAGGGGGCACUUUCUUCCUGCCCUCCCCUCUUAUCUCGCCAUCACCCUCCUCUUCGUUUCCUCUCUCGUCUCCUCGUGCUCCUACCUUGCAACCCCUGCGCCCCUCUGUCAGCUCUCUCAUCGGAAUGAUGGCAAUGAGUGGGAUGGGAGGUUUUUCCCCCAGAGCCUUCCCUUCCUCACCUUCCAACAUGGGCUCACUCGGUGGGUUGACGUCCCCACCUGUGGCCAAAACUCCACCCGCUGCAGCCUCCUCUGUGUCAGUCCAACAAGGAAGGACUCUUCAUUACAACCUGCGCCUCCAGGCUGAUCAUCCCUCAGUCCUUGAUGGCUCUCUUGUCAUCCCAACCGUUGGAGGAGCAUCAACUCCACCCGUACCCAAGAUGCAGACCACCAGCCCUUCUCCCGCCUCUGUUGGUCCAUUAGACAGCAGCACUACUGUGACUAACCAGAAGGGUGCAAAAGAAGCUCUGCUGCGCCAUGGGGGAAACAGUUGUCAAGGCCUGCCUGCAUUAGGCAGACUCACCCAGGAGGCUAGGCUGCUUUCUGCAUCACAGCCCACUCUGCCUCACCGCUCCUGGGCUGGAUUGCAGCCUCACCCCCCUCUCCAUCGGAAGGCCUCUGGGGGGAAUUUGCUGGCAGCUCCUUUCCUGGCAGGGCAGUUAGCUAGAGGUGGGAGUGCGGGAAUACUGACCUCCAACCCUCCAGUGCAGCCUGUGGCAAAUCUUACAUCCAAUCCACAAAUACAACCGCCUAUUCAGCCCACUAUGUAUGCAAAAUGUGCCCCUCACACUGCCCCCUUGCCCAUCUCCUCAUCUCCAUAUAUGCCUUCUGCAGCUUCCUCUCCAAAGCAAACACCAUCUGCCACCCCUUCACCUGUGCCCACUCCCUCAUCCCCAACACCCAUGCCCUUGCAGACACCCCGCCCAAAACCAACUCUAACCGCACCUUCCCGCUCGUCUUCGCCGCCUCCCUGCCCCACACCUCCCUUGACAGGAACCACCCCACUAUCACUCACUUCAACUCCACGCCCCAAACCAAUUGCCACCCCUUCUCCCCACUCUUCAUCUUCCUCACCCUCCUCCACUCCUCCUCAAUCGUCUGUUUCAACUCCAGUUCCACUGCCUCAAACAUUUGGUCAUAAGUCAUCUCUUAGUUCCUCACCCCCAUCGCCUGUGGUUGCUAUGUCCACGACAACCUCCCAAGGUGCCCGGGUCCAAGCAUCCAAUACGCUGCCCACUGCUUCACCAUUGUCUGGUCCCGGCCCAGAACCAACCCCAAUCACCUCGCCAAUUCUCACACAGGGGCUGCGCACACAUCCAUCAACCACUUCUCAAACACCAACUCAAACACUAACACCUGUUUUCUCCCAAACUCCUACCCAGACACUCGCCCCACCUUCGCCACCUACAUCCAACCCUUCCAUAAGUAAAUCCCCAAGUCCAACCUCAUUUAUGCAGCCUUCCAUCUUUAGUUCCGCCAGGACCCUGUCCUCCAGCCAGAUUCCCAAAUCUGUGUCAUCUCUUACUUCAAACCCUGCCCCAGCGAGCACAAGCUCUCCCACCAAAGUUCGGUUCACGGUUCACCCCGUAAAGCAAACCCAUCCCAUGCUCACCCCUAGCACCACAUCAGGUUUGAAUCGUCCUUCAAAGUCAAGCCCAGUCUCAACAAAGCCCCCCUCUCAAGCCACCACAUCUCAGAGUGACUCUGCUGCAUCCACUCACCCCCCAAAACUAAAUGCAGUCACCACAGUCGCACCAAGCUAUCCCUCCAAACUCAAUUCACCCUCGCAGCCUUCCACCGUUCCAUCACCACAUACCACUACCCCAGCUAACAACACCUCCCCUAAAAUGGACAAAAAUGACCCCCAGCUGCCAGUGACCAGAAAAGACUCAGAGGGGCUGAGACACAAACUGCCUGCCAACAUGUAAAAGAAAAACGAAGAGGAAGAAGCUCUUGCUGGCUGGCAGAACACUGACAUACUGACAGAUAUCCAGUCUCAUGUGGACAGCUUCAUGGUGUUUGCAUUCAUGCUAGGAUGUGAUAGACUUAGAACAUCACGUGCUUGUGUGAGUCAACCAGACCACCCAUCAAGAAAACAGGCAAUAUGUGUACAUGCAUAAAUAUGUCAAGCAAGCUCGGGGCAGGGAUGCAGAUGCAAAAAGCCGACAUUUCCAUUCCCUGGUGGAUGAAAACAGCAAUACGUUUGAGAUGGCUCCAAACACUGUGCAUAAGUGUUGGGACCCCUCGAGCUUGGAUGUUUUAGUGACCAUUUGUUUAACAGGACAAAUUGUUUUUAUUCGGCCUUGGCACUGACAAUCCUUGCUACGUUAUCUGCUCAGACAUUAUACAAGGUCUAAACGAACAAAUCGAAUGCUGACCCAAGACUUAUGCACAGUACUGUACGUCACAGGAAGUGUGAGUAUAUGAUAAUGGGUUUUUUUCUAUUGUUUGUAAAAGAUGCGAGUUACAAAUGCAUACAGGCAAUAGACAAUGCUUCCUCUUGCUUCCCAUCUCCACCAAAGUGUAAAGAUAAGAAUGACAAGAUUGGUACAUGUGAAUAACUAGGAGCAGUACACAAACAGUAGUUUGGUUUUGUCGCAGGUGUGUGUGUGUUUACCUUUUUUUCCACAUGCAGCAAACUUUUAAACUUCCCUCCGGACAACUUGUGUGACUUGUAGUUUUUCUAAACUGUAUUGCUCACUGCUCUGCUGUGCACUCUUGCUCACUUUAGUUUGGCUGGUUGUAAAUAGUGCCUCCUAGCCCGCCUUCCCUCCCUGGCUUUCACUCUGUCUGUGCUUUCAUGUGACUUCACAGCUCUGCACGCAAACGCUUCCCUUUGACGCCUCUCUCGGUUUCCUUAACACUCCUUCACCUCUUGCUCACAUGGCUGUGUCCUCCUUGUGUUGCUGUGUCUCUUUCCCUCCAUUUCACUCAUGUUUGAUGUUAUGUGUGGGUAGCAACAAGGAUACCAUGAUGCCUAGACUAUAUCUAUAUUUAAGGACCAAAUGUUUUAUUUUCUAUUUAUCACAGCUUUAGCUUUUGAAUGGAGUAAAAACAAAAACGAAAGAGCAAUUCUUGUCAGAGUGGCAGAAGGAGCAGAUGACAGUGAUUGUCAUGAUAAUGAUGUUGUAUGUGUGACUGUAUAAUAAGAAUAAAGCUGCUUUAGAUAUCA